AUGCUCGCACUUACUACUAUACUAAGUGCAUUCCUUGCAUUUGUUUCGCUCGUCUCGUCGACGAGCAUCCUGGUUCCUCUAUAUGUCUGGCCUGAGGAUGACUCUAGCUGGGCGCCCGUAUUCAAUGCCAUCUCUUCAUACCCGGACGUUCAAUUUCAAGUCAUUGUCAACCCCAACAGUGGUCCCGGCGAUACAGCCUACCCUGAUGAGAACAUCAUCGCGGGCGUCGCCAAAUUAAACAGCCACGACAAUGUCCAGGUCAUCGGAUAUGUCCACACAGAAUAUGCCGAGCGUGAUAUCUCAGAAAUCGAAAGCGAAGUCUCGACCUAUAGCAAAUGGGCUUCGUACAAGGCAAAGAACAUUACUGUCUCGGGAAUCUUCUUUGACGAGGCGCCCAGAACAAACGACGCUGAGAAGAUCUCCUAUAUGCAGACCCUAUCGACAAAAGCCAAAUCUAGCGAUCUCUCGACAGUUGUCUUCAAUCCCGGUGCCACAUUGGAAGCAGGCUCUGUGGAUGAAUAUUUCAAGGCGGCAGACUUGAUUGUCGAGUUCGAGAACUCAUACUCUACGUGGAAGACGUGCAUCCCGGCGGAACAGUUUUCAUCCAGCAAGCACUACGUCAAGGAUGCUAUCAUUCUGUACAGUGCACCUGAGACGGCGGAUUAUCGGGCUGUUGUCCAAGAAGCGCAGAGCAUGGGGCUCGGGGCUGCAUACUUGACCAGCACUGACAAUUAUAUGUCUGUUGAGACAGUGACAAAGGUUGCUGCUUCGUUUGACUAG